AUGGAUGAACAACUGGAAUUGACAUUAGCUGAAAGUUUAGAAAUUGUUCGUGAUCUAUUCACAGUUAUUGAUAUAAUCAAUGCCCUAAACGAUACAACGAAACAAACUCCAUGGACGAAAGCAUUUCUUGCACAAUUGAGUACUACUUUCGAUGAUAAUCUCAACUACACUGGCGAAGAUCUUGAUCGAUGCAAGAAUUAUUUCGAUGAAACUGCUGAUCUACAACUUUUGAAUUUGAUGAACAAGAAAUUAUCGUCUGACAAUUCUUUCGACGAAUUCAUCAAUUGUCUACCAACUGAAUCGGAAUCAACUGCAGCAAUCUAUACAGAAUAUCCAUCACUCUCUAACAUUCCAGGUGAUUGUGUACGAAUACGUACCAAAUUUUUCUAUCAAUUGAGUGCACUGAUCGAAAAAGUUCUGCCAACUAUCGAUUUAAGUUUACCAUUAGGUCAAAGUAUCCUAAUGGAUAAAUUUCGUAAAGCCAAAAUCUAUCUGUUACAUAGAAAGAAAUAUGAACUACUACAACAAUCUCUAGAACAGACAGUAGCAACCAAUGAUGAUAGUCGACCAUCAGUUCAAUUCGAUACAUUAAAAGCCAGUUAUCCAAGUGAGAACGGUGAAAAUACGAUGUUCAAUCAAGCAUUCAAGCAAUUAUUCAAAGAUGCUUCUAUCAAAUUUCGACGAGCAGAUGAACGUCUUUGGGAUGCUACAUAUGUUGAAAUGCAUAGUAUUGAUGCUGGUGGACCGUAUCGAGAUUCAGUCACGUGUAUCUGUUCAGAUAUAUGUAGUACUCGACUACCAUUGUUCAUCUUGUGUCCGAAUGGACGAACAGGCAGUGGUUCGAAUCAAGAUCGAUGGAUUCCGAAUGUUUUUUUACCGAAAGAAUCUAUUCCAAAUAUAUUUCGAAAUCAAUAUCGAUUCGUCGGACAAUUGAUGGGCAUAGCCAUACGUCAAAAACAUUAUUUAGAUUUGAAAUUUCCUACCCUACUCUGGAAACAACUCGUCCGAGAACCGAUUACUCUUGAAGAUAUCGAAGCAAUCGAUAUGCAAAGUUUUACAAUUAUUAAAGAAAUGGAAAUGCAAAUUGAACAAAGUCAAUUGAUUAACAGUAAUAUUGACAUAGAUUAUCUGUUUAGUAGUAUUAUGAGUGAACUUCGAUUUGAUGUUGCCAGUUCGGCUGGACAAACUUAUGAACUUGUUCCUGGUGGUAAAGAUAUUCCGAUUACAGCAGCUAACUUUAAAGAUUAUUGUCGAAAAUAUCGUGAAUAUCGUCUGAAUGAAUUUUCUCGACAAAUUGAUUUUAUUCGUUAA